AUUAUUUUUCCGUAUCUAAAAUUAGAAAUUCUUCAAUUCGAUUUUAUCGAUUUGUUUAGAUUUUGUGUUGAUUUCAUGAUUUCAACUUUCGAGAUUAUUCAAAGGAAAAAGUAGUUUUCUACCCUCAUAUUAAUAAUUACCCGAUAAAGUUAUUAAUUAUUUCGUAUAUAUUCAAAGGUGUGAAUAAGAUAAUUUUCGCCUGUCGAGAAAUUCUCUCUUGAAAAUUGAUUAUUAUCGAACAAAGUAUAGUCAGUUGACUUCAUUCACUUUGACACGUGGUCCAUUUAAUUUUUGGACUUUUUAGAGCUUUUUUUAAAGGUUCAAGGUUAUGUUAAAUUUAUAGAUUAGAUGCUAUAUAGACGUAAAAACACCUCUUAUUUGAGAUGUAUUGCAUUGUAUAGUAUAGUUUCUGUUGAAACAAAUUGUGUAUUUGUAUCAGCAGCGAGAAAGUGGGGACUGAUAUAGCAAACAUAUUUUCAGGGCAGUUAUGUUACAAUUUACAAUUAUUUCAGUCUGACGCCCGUCGUCGUUGAACACUGUACGUGUCAUUGCCUAUCUGGCAUUCGAGGUUCAGACUCACAUUUCAUCAUCCUCUAUCAUAUACAAACAGCUGUAGAAAUAUGCCGUCUUACACUCAGGAAGGAUUUGCAACAAAGGCGAUUCAUGCUGGUCAGGAUCCUAAACAAUGGAGUCAUUGCUCAGUAAUUCCUCCUCUUGUUAUGUCGACAACUUUUCAACAGGAUGGUCCAGCACAACAUAGAGGUUUUGAAUACGGCAGAAGUGGAAAUCCGACUCGAAAUGUAUUGGAGUCUUGUCUCGCAGCUGUUGAAAAUGGAAAAUAUGGUCUUGUUUUUUCAUCUGGUCUAGGGGCACUCACUGCCUUAACAGCAAUGUUAGAAACUGGAGAUCAUCUUAUUUGUGGAGACGAUGUUUACGGCGGGACAAAUCGUUUUUUACAGAAAUGCAUAUCGGGGAUAAAAGUUUCAUUUGUCGAUGCUUCCAUUACUCAAAAUGUUCUCAAUGCCCUCAGGCCAAACACCAAGAUGGUUUGGUUGGAGACUCCGACGAAUCCAUUGAUGAAAUUAGCUGAUAUCGAGGCGAUAUCAAAAGGAAUUAAAUCUAUCAGAUCGGACGUAAUUUUAGUUGUUGAUAAUACAUUUUUAACCUGUUACUUCCAGCGACCAUUGGAUCUUGGUGCUGAUAUUGUAAUGUACUCUUUAACAAAAUACAUGAAUGGACAUUCAGAUGUAAUUAUGGGAGCAGCUAUUAUUAAAAGAGAAGAUUUGGAACAAAGAUUACGCUUUAUUCAAAAUGCGAUGGGUAUUGUUCCUUCACCAUUUGAUUGUGCUCAAGUGAAUCGCAGUUUGAAAACUCUAGAAGUAAGAAUGCAGCAACACAUGAAAAAUGGAUUGGCAGUUGCUAAAUUUUUGGAAAACCAUCCUUUCGUGACUAAAGUUAUUCAUCCAUACCUUCCGUCGCAUCCGCAGUAUGAAUUAUCAUUAAGACAAACAACUGGUCACAGUGGAAUGAUCUCAUUUUAUAUUAAAGGUGAUUCCCACAAGUUCUUGAAAUCAUUGAAACUUUUUAUAUUGGCAGAAUCUUUGGGUGGCUUUGAAUCUCUUGCUGAACUACCAUCAAUAAUGACUCAUGCAUCAGUGCCAGAUGAUGAAAGGGAGAAAUUGGGUAUCACUGACCAGCUAAUAAGGCUCUCAAUUGGCCUUGAAACAGAAAAUGAUAUAAUCGCUGAUCUUGAACAAGCACUGAAAGCUUCUCAAUAAUAACUAGAAAAUUCCUUCAAAUUGUAUUAACUGCAGGCAGUAUAUACUACUUUUAUUAAUACUGCGCUUUUAUCUCUUAAAGAACUUUUAAAUUUCUCGAUAGUGAAAAGAAAUGUUUUUAUACCUGAACAAUUACAAAAGAAAAAAUGCAGCCAACAGUUGCUUUUAAUAUUUAAAUUACCUUUUUAAAAAUGCAGUAAAAAAAUAGAAUUUUAACAUAAUUGUAAAUUUGAAUUUAUAUAAAUGAAAUGCAGUAAAAAGAAUGAGUACAACUUUUGAAAGAUGAGAA